AAAUAGAACCACUUGCACCGACCGGACUAUCAUUCUCACAGCACACAGACGCUCGAUGGCCAUGGCGACCACACUCCGAAGACUUUCCUCCCGAAUGCACCGCCUCCCCAGCCUCUCUCCCCUUACUUAUUCCCUAAUCGCUCGAUCCUCUGCCUCCACCUCAGCCUCCUCGGCCAAAGUUGCGGACCGGAUUGUGAAGCUCUCCGCAAUCGAUUGGGAGGGCAAGAAGCACGAGGCCAUCGGACUCUCUGGGCACACCCUUCUCAAGGCGCUCAAGAACGCCGGCUUGAUCGAUCCGGAGUGUCAUAGGCUGGAUGAGAUCGAUGCUUGCUCUUCCGAGUGCGAGGUCAGCAUUGCUCAGGAGUGGUUCGAGAAGCUGCCCCCUCGAUCCUUCCAGGAGGAGAAAAUCCUCAAGAGCAAUUCCAGGACUAGGACGUUGAACAAACACUCUAGGCUUGGUUGCCAGGUCGUGCUAAAUCACGAACUGCAAGGUAUGGUCGUGGCGGUCCCUGAACCCAAACCCUGGGAUACUGCUUAACAAAGGAUUCAGAAUACUGUCUAUGCGUUUGGUUCCUUAGCUUUUGUGAUAUUUGGAAAUGAAAUUUCAAUAAUGUAACUGCGAAUUUUGAAAUCUGAUUGAUUUAUCUUUAAUCAUCUAAACUGGCAUGUACUAAGGUUGUACCUUGAAUUCUAUGAUUUUGGAUAUUGCGAAUAUGGUUCCAGUUUUAAAGUGCUUUCCUCCUCA